AUGGCCGUUCAGCAAUGGAUCACGCCCUUGAAGGGAAUUGACAGCCUUAGCCGGACCGAAGCUCCCGUUCCCGUACCAGGGCCGAGCGAAGUCUUGGUAGAGAUCCGUGCUGUCUCUCUGAACUACCGCGACGUGGAAGUGACCAACGGCGAGUAUAAGCAUCACAGAACAGCCAACCAGGAUGCCACCAUCGUACCCUGCUCGGACAUGUGUGGGGUAGUGACACAGGUUGGAUCUGGCGUGAGCAAGUGGACAGUCGGCGACCGGGUGCUUUCGACUUUCCUGCCAGAUCAUCAAACUGGCCAGGUGACUGAGAAGGAGCUUGCCAGGAGCCUGGGGCUGCCGCAGAAUGGUGUCCUUGCAACUCACCGCGUGUUCCCUGAUUACGGCCUGGUGAAAGCGCCUAGCUUCAUGUCAGAUGAGGAGGCGGCUACUCUUCCCAUCGCUUCAGUCACAGCAUGGAUGUCUAUAAAUGGUUUGCGACCGAUGGGGCAGAGCGGCGGGAAGGAUGAAUAUAUUUUACUCCAGGGAACCGGUGGUGUGGCUAUUGCCGGACUACAGAUUGCGAAGGCCGCUGGCGCGAAGGUUAUUAUCACCUCCUCGUCUGAUGCUAAAUUGGAGCAGGCUAAAGAGCUAGGCGCCGAUUUUACCAUCAACUACCGCACCAACCCCAACUGGGAAAUCGAAGUGAUGAAGGUGACUGAGAACCACGGUGCUGAUAUCAUCUUGGAAGUUGGUGGCGCUAAAACCUUGCGGAAGAGCUUUGAUUGCAUCGCUUUUGGGGGGUUGAUCGACUGCAUUGGCUAUGUCUCAGGCAAGAUAGAUGCCGAUGAGGACCGCUUGAACGUCAAUCUGCUGGCUCUUCGUCGGACGGUCACCCUCAAAGGAAUUAUCAACGGCCCGAAGGAUCGGUUUGAAGAGAUGAUACGGUUCUACGAAGAAAAUCAGAUUCACCCAGUAGUUAACCGGGUCUUUUCAUUUGCCGAUUCCAAGGAAGCAUUCAGAUUUCUGGAAAGCGGGAGCCACUUUGGUAAGGUAGUUAUCAAAGUUCAAUAG